GCAAGUGGCUCAAACCAUCUUUUUCAGAAGGUCCCGUAGAUGCCUACUCAGAAGUUGGGUCCCAGGAAGACCCAGCCUGGUUUUAGAAGAUGGGAAAUUCUUACGCCGGGCAGCUGAAGACCACGCGUUUCGAAGAAGUCUUGCAUAACUCCAUCGAAGCCUCCCUGCGCUCCAACAACCUGGUCCCCAGGCCGAUCUUCUCCCAGCUCUACCUGGAGGCCGAGCAGCAGCUCUCUGCUCUGGAAGCUGGAAGCCGAGUGGACAAUGAGGAAGAGGAGGAAGAGGGAGAAGGAGGGUUGGAAUCAAGUAGUCCCCCAAAUUCCUACCAGAUGCACCCUGCACCGGAAGGUUGCUGCACCACUGACGGGUUCUGCCAGGCGGGGAAGGACCUGCGCCUGGUCUCCAUGUCCAAUGAGCACCUGGACGUCCCUGCAGGCUUCCUCCUCGUGGGGGCCAAGUCGCCCAGCCUGCCGGACCAUCUCUUGGUGUGUGCUGUCGACAAGAGGUUCUUGCCAGACGAUAAUGGCCACAAUGCGCUUCUGGGCUUCUCUGGCAACUGUGUGGGCUGUGGGAAGAAAGGCUUCUGCUACUUCACGGAGUUCUCCAACCACAUAAACCUUAAACUGACCACCCAGCCCAAGAAGCAGAAACACCUGAAGUUCUACCUGGUCCGCAACGCGCACGGAACCCUAACCAAAGGACCUCUGAUUUGUUGGAAAGGCUCAGAGUUCAGGAGCCGGCAAGCCCCUGCCAGCACGUGCUCUGGCUCCCUUUUCCCACCUCUGGAGAACGCCGGGCCCCUGGUGACCUUCUUGAAUGAGCCCAUCCUGGCAGCCAACGCGAUGGUGGUGGCGGGAGCGCAGCAGGCAGGACCAGCCUCUGAUCACCCCUCACUAGCGGCAGCGGUGGGGCCCGCAGUUUUCAACGGCAGAGAUUCCCCAAAGCAACAGCAGUCGGUGAAGACCAGCCUGGUGUCUCUGCCCAGGCCCUCGGCAUUAGGUAUCUUACCAACCUCCGGGCCCCCCAAAAAACGCCACAAAGGGUGGUCUCCAGAAUCUCCAUCAGCUACGGAUGGUGGCUGCCCCCAGGGCGGCGGGAACAGAGCUAAGUAUGAGACUGCGGGCAUGUCCUGCAUGCCCCAGGUUGGCUUGGUGGGACCCGCUUCAGCCACCUUUCCUGUUGUGGCCUCCGGAGAACCAGUGUCCGUUCCCAACAACUUACUGAAGAUCUGCAAGGCCAGGCCCGUGAUAUUUAAAGGCCAUGGGAACUUCCCUUACCUCUGCGGGAACCUGAGUGACGUUGUCAUAAGCCCUCUCCUGUACACGUGCUAUCAGAAUUCCCAGUCCAUCUCGAGAGCCUACGAGCAGUACGGGGCGUCCACCGUACAGCCCAUCUCGGAAGAGAUGCAGCUUUUGCUGACCGUCUACUAUCUCGUCCAGCUUGCGGCGGACCAGGUGCCCCUGAUGGAGGACCUGGAGCAGAUCUUCAUGCGCUCCUGGCGUGAGUCGCACCUGACCGAGAUCCGCCAGUACCAACAGGGGCCGCCGCAGCCCUUCCCGCCAGCGCCCGGCGCCGCUGCACCCGUGACCUCGGCGCAGCUGCCCUGGCUGGCCGGCCUGGCCGCCAGCUCCUGCAAUGACAGCGUGCACAUCAUCGAGUGCACCUACUCGCUGGCCGAGGGCCUCUCCGAGAUGUUCCGGCUGCUCAUCGAGGGCAAGCUGGCCAAGACCAACUACGUGGUCAUCAUCUGCGCCUGCCGCAGCUCGGCCAUCGACUCCUGCAUCGCCGUCACAGGAAAAUACCAAGCCCGGAUUCUCUCUGAGAGCCUCCUCACCCCCGCUGAGUACCAGAAGGAAGUCAAUUACGAGUUGGUGACUGGGAAGGUGGACUCCUUGGGGGCCUUUUUUAGCACCCUCUGUCCAGAGGGUGACAUCGACAUUUUGCUGGACAAAUUUCAUCAGGAGAAUCAAGGCCAUAGUUCUUCUUCCCUUGCCACCUCCUCCAUUAGUAAACCGGCAGCCCUGGAUGCCCGUGGGAUGCCAGCAUGCACAGGCUACACACCGGAGCCACACCCUGUCCGGCCCUUCCAGUUGGCAGUGGCCCAGAAGCUCCUCUCCCACCUGUGCUCCAUCGCCGAUUCCAGCACUCAGAAUCUGGAUUUGGGAUCCUUCCAGAAGGUUGACUUUCUGAUUUGUAUUCCACCCUCCGAAGUGACCUACCGGCAGACCUUGCUCCACGUCUGGCAUUCAGGGGUCUUACUGGAGCUUGGCUUGGAGAAGGAGCACAUGACCAAGCAGAGAGUAGAACAGUAUGUUUUGAAGCUAGAUGCGGAGGCUCAGACAAAAUUUAAGGCCUUUCUGCAAAACUCCUUUCAGAAUCCGCAUACCCUCUUUGUUCUAAUCCACGACCAUGCCCACUGGGAUCUUGUGAGUAGCGCCGUUCACAAUCUCUACUCUCCAAGUGACCCACCGGUGGGUGUGGUAGACAGAUUGCUGAACUGCAGGGAGGUGAAGGAGGCUCCCAACAUCGUGACCCUGCACGUGACUUCCUUCCCGUACGCCCUGCAGACACAGCACACCCUCAUCAGCCCGUACAACGAGGUCCACUGGCCGGCCUCCUGCAGUAAUGGUGUGGACUUGUACCCCGAAAGUAAGAAGUACUUUGGGCUGUCAGAGUUCAUUGAGUCCACCCUUUCCGGACACAGCCUCCCCCUGCUCCGAUACGACAGUUCCUUUGAGGCCAUGGUCACCGCGUUAGGCAAAAGGUUCCCCCGCCUGCACAGCGCGGUGAUCAGGACCUUUGUCCUGGUGCAGCACUACGCGGCGGCCUUGAUGGCCGCCAGCGGCCUUUCCCAGAUGAAGAACUACACGUCCGUGGAGACGCUGGAGAUCACCCAGAACCUCCUCAACGCCUCGAAGCAGUGCCCCUGUGGCCGCGGGCUCAUGGUCCUGCUGCGGGUCCCCUGCGCGCCCCUGGCGGCCGUGGCCUACGAGCGGCUCUCCCACGUGCGGCAGCGGCUGUCCUUGGAGGAGCACUUCGAGAUCAUCCUGGGCAGCCCCAGCGCGGGCGUCACCGUCGGGAGACACUUCCUGCAGCAGCUCAAGGAGUGGCAGCGCAUUGACGAUGCCGAGUGGAGGCCUCAGACGUACCUGGAGCUGGAGGGCCUGCCCUGCAUCCUGAUCCUCAGUGGGAUAGAUCCGCAUGGAGAAUCCCUGCCCAGGUCUUUAAGGUACUGUGACCUGCGUCUGAUAAACUCCUCCUGCCUGGUGAGGACGGCCUUGGAGCAGGAGCUCGGCCUGGCUGCCUACUUUGUGAGUAACGAGGUUCCCUCGGAGAAGGGGGCCGCGAACGAGGCCCCCGAGAGCGAUGUGGAGAAGCUGAGCAGCACCGACAACGAGGAUGAGGAGCUGACGACGGAAGGCUCCGCCUCCGAGAAGAGGGGCCCCGUGAAGCGGGAAAGGUCUUGCUCCCACGACUCCGCUGCCUCCUCUCUUUCCUCGAGAGCCUCGGGCACAGCGUGGUGUGGGGAGCCCUCUGUCCAGCCGAUGGCACCGGCCCAGGGCGAGCAGGCCAGAUCGCCACAGCCCUGUGGCCCGUCCGAAGAAGCCCCAGGCCCCGGGGAUAAACCAAGGCGCCGGGCAAGUCCAGGCUCUCAUUCUGCCCUCAGCGGGCACAGCCCCGGGUUGGCCCCGCAGCCUGACUCGGGCCCCCAGGCCGGCCAGCGGCGUGUGCACGUGUCGUCCUCCCAGCUCUCCUCGUCCUCCGGCUCCUGCUCGUCCGCGGCAGUGCCCACGUGCCUCCUGCACACUGCGCAGUGCUCCCUUGCCAGGGCCCGCCGGCAGCCGCCCGUCAUCUUCCUGCCCAAGCUGGUGUACGACCUGGUCAUGGCCCCGGACAGCAGCAGCCUGCCCAAGGCCGCCUCGCUCCUGCCCGCCCACUCGGUCAUGUGGGCCAGCUCCUUCCGCCCGCUGCUGAGCAAGAUGAUGACAUCCACUGAGCAGUCUCUCUACUACCGCCAGUGGACGGUGCCCCGGCCCAGCCACAUGGACUACAGCAACCGCUCCGAGAACCGCAUGGACAGCUUCCACCCCCGCAGGCUGCUGCUCAGCGGGCCCCCUCAGAUUGGGAAGACGGGUGCCUACCUGCAGUUCCUCAGUAUUUUGUCCAGAAUGCUCAUUCGGUUGACUGAAGUAGAUGUUUACGAUGAAGAAGAAAUCAAUAUCAACCUCAAAGAAGAAUCAGACUGGCAUUAUCUCCAGCUCAGUGACCCCUGGCCUGACCUGGAGCUGUUCAAGAAGAUGCCCUUUGACUACAUCGUUCACGACCCAAAGUACGAGGAUGCCAGUCUGAUUUGUUCGCAUCAUCGGAGCAUAAAGAACGAAGACAGAGGGAUGGCCAGGAAGUCCGAGGACCCUUACGUGCGGUGCCAGACAGCGCGCAUGAGACUGUCCAAGUACGCAGCCUAUAACACGUACCACCACUGUGAGCAGUGUCAUCAGUACAUGGGCUUCCACCCGCGCUACCAGCUCUACGAGUCCACCCUGCACGCCUUUGCCUUCUCUUACUCCAUGCUAGGAGAAGAAAUCCAACUCCACUUCAUCAUCCCCAAAUCUAAGGAGCACCACUUCGUCUUCAGCCAACCAGGAGGCCAGCUGGAGAGCAUGCGCCUGCCCCUCGUCACAGACAAGGGUCACGAAUAUAUAAAAAGCCCAACGUUCACACCCACAACUGGCCGGCAUGAACACGGGCUCUUUAAUCUGUACCACGCCAUGGACGGCGCCAGUCACUUGCACGUGCUGGUUGUCAAGGAGUACGAGAUGGCCAUUUAUAAGAAAUACUGGCCCAACCACAUCAUGCUGGUGCUCCCCAGCAUCUUCAACACUGCCGGCGUUGGUGCCGCCCACUUCCUAAUCAAGGAGCUUUCCUCUCAUAACCUGGAGCUGGAGCGCAGCCGGCAGGGGGAGCUGGGCAUCAAGCCUCAGGACAUCUGGCCCUUCAUCGUGAUUUCGGACGACUCCUGUGUGAUGUGGAACAUGGUGGAUGUUGACUAUGGCGGGGAAAGAAGCAGGGACUUCUCCUGGUCGGAGAGGAACGUGUCCUUGAAGCGCAUCAUGCAGCACAUCGAGGGGUCCCCCAACAUCACGCACUACGCCCUCAUCGGGAUGCGGAAGUGGUCGAGCAAGACGCGGAGCAGCGAGGUGCGCGAGCCCUUCUCCCGCUGCCACCUGCACGACUUCGUCAUCCUCAACGUGGACCUGACCCAGCACGUGCAGUACAACCGGAACCGGUUCAUGUGUGACGAUGUGGACUUCAACUUGCGGGUACACAGUGCAGGCCUCCUGCUCUGCAGAUUCAACCGCUUCAGCAUGAUGAAGAAACAGAUCGCCGUCGGCGGACACAGGUCCUUCCACAUCACGUCCAAGGUAUCAGAUAACCCCGUGGCUAUUGUGCCAGCCCAGUACAUCUGUGCUCCGGACAGCAAGCACCCGUUCUUGGCAGCUCCAGCGCACCUCCUGCUUGAGAAGUUCUUCCAGUACCAUAGCCACCGCUUCUUCCCCCUCUCCCUGAAGAAUUACAGCCACCCCGUGCUGUCAGUGGACUGUUACCUUAACCUGGGAUCUCAGAUUUCUGUCUGCUACGUGAGCUCCAGGCCCCACUCUUUAAACAUCAGCAGCUCAGACUUGAUGUUCAGUGGACUCCUCUUAUACCUCUGCGACUCUUUCGUGGGAGCCAGCUUUUUGAAGAAGUUUCAUUUUCUGAAAGGCGCGACCCUGUGUGUCAUCUGCCAGGACCGGAACUCGCUCCGCCAGACGGUGGUCCGCCUGGAGCUGGAGGACGCGUGGCAGUUCCGGCUGCGGGACGAGUUCCAGACGGCCAACACCAAGGAAGACCGGCCACUCUUCUUCCUCACGGCGCGGCACGUCUGAAGGAGGGAGACAGGCGCCCACCCGUCUGCCGGAGGAGCGAAGGCCUCGGGGCCGUCGUGGAGGCUCAAGGCGAUCCCACGGGUUGCUGGACCCCAGUGGGUCCCAGAGACCGCUCUCACCUAUCGCCCGUCCCAAGACUGAUCAGGGGCCACGGCUCGCGAUGGGCGAACAAGGCAGCUGGAGCAAGGGUGUGGGGGAAGCAGGGAUGCCGGCCCCAGCCAGCCCUCCUGCGUUCUCAGCCAGGGCAUUUCCUGCGCGUACUUUCUGCACUGCCCAGGGUUGUCUGGAAACCCUGUUCGACGAACAAACACUUGUCUCUUGUUAGGUCACUCUGAUGCUUCCACAGACCAGCCUGAGUUUUCUCUUCGUCCUGAGGAGGUCACCUUGGGAUCGUUGUGUACACGUCUCAGCCUGGCAGACAGGGAAGUAGGUGUUCCUGUAACCGACCACAAAGCAAUAUUCAACGAGCCCAUUUUAACCCCGAAGGCUGAAGACACGAAAACCGAAGACUUGGAUCGCUUAGUACAGAUUGUGUAAUUGCUCACAAGGUUGCUCGGUUAGAAACGAAUCCGACGGCAUCAUCACACUUAAUGAUGCCAAGCCAAGGGUUUCGCCUUAGAGCGAGCAUGAGUCUAUUACAAUAACACAGGGUAAAUGCCCCGCCUCUUAGGAGGGGCAGAAAUGAAAAGAAGCUUCUCUUCGAACCAAAGGGAGGAAAACAACAAGUUUCAGAAAGGAAGUGAGAUGCACAGAGGCUGACCUUCUUAGAAAGUAGAAUUUGCCUUAGUAAGAAAAAAAGGAACAACCUACUUACUUGAAAUCAAGAAACAAUAAGUGACCACAGUGAAGUAUAAAAGAGUUGAUAAGAACCGGGCUCUCGAUGAUAAUGUAUUGCGCUCGGUUUCGGUUCCUGAAGUAGCCGCUGUCUCCUGUUAACGAUUAGUUUCUUCAGGGAGGUUCUCCACCUGACCAGACAGGAGGUGGGAACCGAAGAGCAGCCAGAGCAGGGACAUUGCUCCCGAUUCCCCGCACCGUCGCGGCUGUCAGCCUGGUUUUCAGACCCCGCGUUCGCGUGCCCACUGUGGGCUAGGCGUUGGGCCUGGCGCCUUCACCUUGGUGAGCUUACCUCAUCCUUUCAGAUGGCUUGUGUGUUUGGGUUCACUCUCCCCAUUUGAAGGAUGAGAAGACUGAGGUGCAGAGACGUCACCCCUCCUGAGAUCAUACACAUGGGAAGAGGAGAUGCACAGCCCAUACUCCUGCCCCGCGUUCACACCCCCAAUGGUGCAGGGUCGUGCAGUGAGAAGUCACCAGGAUGUAUUCCUGUACACCAGCUUAGACAUGUGGAAGCACUCCAGUGGAUAAGAAUCCAAGAAGAAAUUACUUCACAAGAUGAUGCCAAAGAAUAUCAACCUUAGUUUUUUUCCUUUUAAGAUAAAAAAAAUGUCCAUAAGUAUAAAAAUAUUUAGGUCAAUGUUUAUAAAAUGAUCACUUUGUAUAUGCCAGCGUUCCUUUGUUGGAAUAAAAACUUACUUGCUUUAGUUAUAUUUUGUUUUUUUGAGGGUGUGUUUGGUUGUUGUAAAUAACUUCUUUGCAUUUUAUUAGUUUAUUUAAACUUGGAAAAACAAACAUUCUUGUCUGUUUCAAUCUUAACAAUAAAAGGUAUGACGUA